AUGAAAGAACAUUCGACAAAUCAUUAUGAUAUACCAGGAUUGGUUUUACGACGAGGACAAUCAUUUUCAUUUACAGUAACCUUUAAUAGAGAUUAUGAUAUUGAACAACAUCAAUUAUGUAUACGAUUAGCUAUAGGUUCUCGAUCUAUGAUAUCAAAAAAAACACAAAUAAGACUUUUAGUUGAUGGAACACCAAGUGGUAAUGGUUGGUCAGCUAGAAAAAUUCCAAUUGAAGAUGAUGAAAUUAAAACGAAGAAGAAUAAUCGUAUUUCGGUUCAAAUUGAUUCUCCUUCUGAUGCUAUUAUUGGGAAAUAUAAUUUACUAGUUGAAGUUCGUCCAUUGAAGAAAGAUGAUAAAAAUUUUUCAAAUAAACAAGAUCUUACAUUAUUUUUAAUUGAAUCUGAUAUUUAUUUUCUUUUUAAUCCAUGGAAUAAAGAUGAUGCAUGUGCAUUAUCAUCAUCUGAACAAAUAAAUGAAUAUGUUAUGAAUGAACAUGGACAAAUUUAUCUUGGUACACCGAAUAAACCUCUAUCAAUACCAUGGUAUUUUGGUCAAUUUGAACAAUCAACAUUACUUACUGCAUUGGCACUUCUUGAUCAAGCACAAUUACCAACACAAAAUCGUAUUGAUCCAUCAAUUAUAAUUCGUAUAAUUUCAUCAAAAAUUUGUUCAAAUCCAGGUACAAAUAAUGGAAUAUUUCCAUCAUCACAUGAUAAAAAAAUUUAUUCAUCAGAAAAUCAUGGUUAUACAAGUAGUACAUCAAUAUUUAAACAAUAUAUUUUAUCAAAUUGUCAAUCAUUACAAGGUGGUUGUGGAAAUAAUUGGCAACAUGCAGCUAUACUAUGUAGUUUAAGUCGAUCAUUAGGUAUUCCAUGUCGUAUUGUUACAAUUUAUAAUACAGCUUGUCAAACAGAUGGUACUCAAAAUAAUGAUAUACAUUGGGAUACAAAACAACGACCAUUACAAAAACUUAAUUCUGAUAUAAUAUGUUCUUCACAUGUAUGGAAUGAAUGUUGGAUGCGUCGUCAUGAUUUACCCAAUGAUGAACAAGAUUGGCAAAUUGUUGAUUCAACACCCGUACAAAUGUGUGAUGGUAUUCGACGAACAGGUCCAUGUUCAAUAUCAUCUUUAAGAAAUGGUGAAUUAAGUUUUCGAUGGGAUUCAUUAUUUAUUCAUUCGACAAUUAAUGGAAAUAAAUUACAUUGGAUUGUUUAUCCAGAUGGUUAUAUGGAAUUAUUAGAUGUACAAGAAAAUAUAAUUGGUACUAAAAUAAUAACACGAUCAUUAAAUAAUGAAUUUGAACCAGAAGAUAUAACAAAAACUUAUAAAAAUUUAAAGAAAUUAUCUGAUAGAAAUGAUAAUUUAGCAGAACGAACAAAAAAUGAUGUUGAUAUUGAAUUAAAAAUAUCAGAUGAUAUUGAAUUUGGAGAUAAUAUUAUAUUAGAAUUAAAUGCAAAUAAUAAAUCAAAUGAAAUACGUACAAUAACAACAGCUUUAACAAUAUUUAUAAUAAGUAGUAAUAAUCAAAAAUUAAUUUUUUCACAUGAACAACCAAUUCAUAUAUUAAAUCUUGAAGCUGGAAAAAAUGAUAAUAUUCAAUUAAAAAUUACACCUCAACAAUAUAUUUAUUAUGGUAAACAAGAUAAUAUUAUUGUUAAAUAUUAUAUACAUUCAUUAAUCAAAGAAACUGAUCAAACAUUUACACGUGAUGAUAAUAUUGUUUUUAAUAAAAAUGAUAUUAUUAAACCAAUUCUUGAUGAAGAUGUCAUUGAAACAGGUAAACCAAUAUUACUUGGAAUACAAAUUGCUAAUACACUUUCACGUCAAAUAAAUAAUGGACGUAUUUAUAUUGAUGGUUUAGGUAUUAAUCAAAUAGUUCCUGUUAAUCGAUCAUUUGCACCUAAAGAAUCAACUAUAUUACAUAUUACACUUUAUCCUACUCGUAUUGGAGUUAGCCGUCUUUAUAUAACAUUUAUAUCAGAUGAUGUUUAUUCAUCAACACAAAUAAUUCCACUUGAAAUACUUCAUGAACCAAUUAAAGAACAAAAUAAACCAUUAUUAAAAACUAAUACAGAAACAUUAUCAAAAACAGAUGAAAAAGUUGAUAAACAAACUAAAGAAAAUGAACCAAUAUCUUCAUCAAAUAUUUCUGAUCAAGAAGAUAAAACAUUAAAAAAUGAAGAACAACAACAACCAUUAAAAAUAUUAUCAACAAAAAUUUCAGACGAAUAUCCUGAUGAUAGAACUUCAAAUAUUUCACCAACAAAAUUUGAUCUAUCAUCAGCUGAUGAUGAUGAUGAUGUUGAUGAUAUUGAAGAACUUAAUUUAAAAAAAAACCAAGACGAAUCAUCUCUAAAUCAAAAUACUGAUUCAUCAUUACCACAAGAUUCAACAUUAUCAUUAGACAAAGAUAAAAUAUCAGUUGAUAGUUUAGAUGGAUCUCAUGAUCGUCGUCAUGAAACGGAUAAUAAACAACAAUUAAAAUAG